UUAGUAGUGUCUAGCCAAGAAAUAACACAAGAGUUCAUUCCCUUAAAUAAUGGCGGUUACCACUGCAAGAACUCGGCCAGGUAGGCCUCCUGAGUAUGUAAUCAUAAGAGACGUUGUCGACACAGAUCUGACAGACGAAGACUCUGAAGAGGAACUAGAAAGAGCUUUUGAAGAGGAGGCUGAAAUAAUUGCUAUUGAACCGAUAGCUCUUGGCAACGAAAUAGCCCGCUGGAUUAGAGUUGGGAACACAUUGCACAAGGUCAGCGUUCUAUCCGGACUUGCGUCUCUUAUCUUGCCAUUGUUCACAAAAUCGAAUUCUAUACCCGUGACUUGUAGCGCCUUGAGCGUCAUCUGUGCCAGCGUGUACGGAAUCGCCUGGCAGAACGAUCCUUGUUGUAAAUACCAAGUGUCAACAGACUUAGCAGAGUUGGAACAUUUAAUUCAAAGCUUGAACAGUGCCAAUCCAGUAGUUCUAGUGAGAAGGGACGAUAGUCGACGCAGAAAGUUGCACAAUGUGUUUGCCCUGAUGUCUGCUUUACUGUGUUCGUUUAGAAUAUACAAAGAACUAAGUUCAAGUUGAUUUCAAGUAAAGUUUUACAGUCUUAUUGUAGGUUAUGCAAAUAACUUCAUGUUCAAUUUUAUUUGUAAUAAGUGAUUUAUUGAUUUAUUUUACUAAAGUAAGAAAGCAAUCUUCCUGUUCGUAAUGCAAUUGCGUCUACUGAAUUGGUUGAUGAAGUUGUUCACUUUCUGAGAGAAUUUAACGACUGUUUGCCUUCAGUUUAUUUGUUGAUGCAUUACUUGUAUUGGUAAUUGUGUACAGGAUCAAAAAGUUGCAUUGAAAAUGUAUAUAUUAUACUUGUUUUAAAGAGUCUAACACUAAAUCAUUCUACCCUAUAUUGAUAUUCAUUCUUUCCAAUGACAAAUUGAGUUAAUUCAGUUAAUUAUUUUAUUUACAUGUAUUUGAUUGUUUUACUUGUUAAAAUAGGGAUUAGACUGUUGCAUUUGUACUGUGCUUGUGCAGAGUUAGAUCAAUUUCUUCCAUGUACAUUUGUUGAUGCAAACUUUUUAAGAGCUGGUAAUAAAUGAUGUCAUUCA